ACGGCUGCCGAAGGGGCUACACCAGCAUAAACGUGGUGAGCGACCACGAGUGCCUUCGUGUGAGGCCCGGCAUGGAGAUUGCCGCCUCCCGGCUGGAGACCCGGCGAUUCGCCGCCAUGAUGGGCGCCACCACGGAGUGGAACAAGAUCGAGGGCUUCACCUACAACCCCCUGACGAACCAGGCGUACAUGGCGUCGUCGCAGAUCAGAUACGGUAUGGAAGACAACAGGAGGAUGGGGAGGAGGAACGAUAGGUACGACGAGGGAGGAAGCAAUGACAUUCGCUUGCCGUACAAUCCUUGCGGAUGUGUUUACGAGAUGGACCUUGACGCCAACUGGUUCCUUACGAGAAUGGAUGCCCUUAUCUGCGGGAGUCCCGGCAGCUCGAUUCCUGGCAACGAGUGCUCCACUAGGGGUUUGGCCAAUCCAGACAACCUGGCCAUGAUCCCUGAGCACAACGGCCUCAUCAUCGGAGAGGACACAUCAAAACACGAGAACGACGUCAUAUGGUACUACGACCUGGAAACGCGCGACCUCCAGAGGAUAGUAUCGACCCCCUACGGCUCCGAGACCACAAGCCCCUACUACUACCCCGACAUCAACGGCUGGUCCUACAUCAUGGCCGUCAUACAGCACCCGUACGGGGAAUCGGACCAGGACAAGAUACAGGAACCGGACAACACCGGCCGAGACGCCUACUUCGGGUACAUCGGCCCCUUGCCCGCAGUGGGGAGCAACGUCAGGUCGCAGUCGGCGCUCGUGCCUGGGCUGGCCCCCGCGCCUGCGCCAGAGCCACCC